UUUCUAUUUUGAUACACUGGGCUAAAUGAUCAGAUAAACCUGGGUUGAUUAGCCCUGUUGCAUAAUGAUGUUCACUAAGAUUUUUUUGAUUCACUGUGACAGCGCGAUCGUUGUGAUAAGGUCUCAGACGUUCGCGAUGAGAACAAAGAAACUAUGAGCACCUUCAUAGAACAAAGACAAUUCUACGAGGAACCUGAACUCGAAGAGUCUUCGCCCCGAAAGGCACCUCUCUGGAAGAAAAUCGCUGGGUCCAAGGUCACCAAGGGAGUGGGUUUCGUGUCUAUUUUCGCUUUAGUUUGCCCUGUGGUGCUUUACUACUUUAUCAUCGAACGAGGUAUUCACAACGAGCCUACCACGUAUUCCUGCCUGCUCAACAGCACUUUUCGAGUACCGUGCGGAAAAACUGAUGUGACCCAGGAGGAGUGCGAGUCUAUAGACUGCUGCUAUAACGCUACCGCGCAUGUGUGUUACCAUUAUAUACCGUCUAAGUAUGGCUACGAGAUGCAAAGCGACGGUGCUUACAAAACGGCACAAAAAACCUCACCGUAUGAGUCCAAGACCGUCGACAGCGUAAAAGUGACGAUAGUGGAACAUACUGAAGACAGCGUUUCUGUGAUAUUACACGACGAAUCACAAGCGAUAGAACCUAACUCAUUGGAGAAUAAAAACUACGGAGUCGAGAUCACAGACUCGCCACUAUCCGUGCGGGUGUGGGACUCAGACAAGCACACCAUUUUCAAUACCAUCUACGGACCACUGAUUGCUUCUGAAAAAUACUGGGAGUGGACGAUGCUCCUUACCAACGAGACCCUUUUUGGUUUGGAUAGGAACAGAAUUCGUCUCGAGGGUAACGAAUCUCUGACAAAGGUUAUUUACAAUAACAGAAAGGACCAUUCUACUACGCCGGUAUUUUGGGCUUAUCAGCAAGGAAAGUUUCACGGAUGCGCCAUUAGACACGACGGUCCGCUGGAGAUCACUAUUCUCUCGUCGAAUCUGAUAAUACUUAGAAGUUUGGUUGGUAAAAAGAUAGAACUGAAGUUAACUUUGGGUCCGACGCCGCAAAAUCUUCACGAUCGCAUGAUGGAGACAUUUGUUUUGCACCCUCCAUGGACGCUGGGGACUCACAUCUGUAGGCGGAGCAAUGAUAUCGGUCUCGACAAGGUGCUGGAUAUAUACUUAAACAACAAGGAAACGAAGUUUGAUACCGAUUGCAUCCACGAGAACUUAUUCACGUCUCUGGCGCUGAGUGGGGAGGAAAACGGUACCGAUUACAGAACGUAUAUAGAAGAGAUGACGGCCGGAGGAACCAAAUUUCUACUUUCGUUGCCACCUCAAAUCGUGGCUACUGCCAACAACAGCCUGUAUAAUAUUUCAGAAAAGCUUGGCGUUCUGUACAGUACCGUCAACGGCACGUACAAGGGAGAAUACCUGGGAAGGUCUGUUGCUUACCCGGAUUUUUCCCAUCCGUCCAUUAGAAGUUAUAUUGAAGAACUGGUAGAAUUAAUAUCUGCCAAAAUCGGAAUGGACGAGAUUAGCGGGUUCGUGUUGAAUGAUAAUUGGCCGGAUGAUUCUAGUUACAAAAAGCCAGACAGCACUGAUCUUCCUUAUAUGUCCGACGCAUUAUAUGACGCUAUGUCAUAUACACUGCCUUGGAAUCUUCUCACCUACGAUAAGACGUAUCAAAUGGAACAACACAAUUCCUACGGCUCCCUCCAAAACUCCUCACUCCACAAUUAUUUCUCUUCUAAUCCGAACUUGAGCAGUCUGGAGAUUAUUUCCGCUACUAAAAACUAUGGCGACGUCGAACUUGAAGUUUCCGAAAAUUUCGAUACCUCGUGGGACAACUUUAGGUUGUAUUUGCAGCGGACUUUGUUCAACAGCAUUACAGGUAAUCAUAUGGUGGGUUUGCCGGUGUGCGGAGACACGACGGUCUACGACAAAGAUUUGCACGAAACGCUUUGCAUAAGGUGGUACCUCGCGGCAGCCACCAUGCCACAUUUCAGAGUGUCUUCAGUGAAACCCUUCAGGGAUCCAGAAAAUCUGAAUUCGAAAUUUGCUACCAGAUAUGCGCUGGACGCGAUCGAAAAAAGAAAGAUGUUCCAAGAGCACUACUACACUAUCUUGAGUAGAGGGGAGCCGAUUGUCAGACCUAUGUACUACGACUAUUACCAAAACAUCACCACGAUGUCGUUGGACCGACAAUACACCAUAGGAAAAAAUAUAAUAGUGGUGCAUCCUUUAUCGUCCGCCAGGUCAGCCCUACAGGUGUUUUUGCCAUCCCAAGUGAAGGUUUGGUAUGAAAUUUGGGGCGGUGGUAUGUACACGAGCUCCCCCAAAGAUAAUUUCAUCAGCAUCAGUAUCGUCGAAACCGAUUGGGUCAGCUUCGUCGCCGAAGGGACCAUCAUCCCACUGACUAAUAAUCUAGAGUUAAAUUUUAUCAUUGCGUUAAAUUGCACCACCUCCGAUUGCGAAGCGAGUGGCGAACUCUACAAAGAUCUGAGUUAUUUGCAGUUCAGCGCAAAUUUAACCGCACUGACUAUAAGUGAUUUUCCGAAAGGGUGUGAUUACGUUUUGGGGUACAUAAAGGUUUAUUAUUACAACGAUACAGGGGCAUACCACGACAGACACGAUAAAAGUAAGAGUUUGUGUCCGGCGGGUUCCGAAACCACCGUGGUGGUGGUUUAUGAUGAGGACGAUCCAGAGGAAACCACAAUCGCCCCUAUCAGUGUAUAAUAUAUUUUCAAGGCAACAAUAUUGAGAUAGUAUUUAUAAAGUAUAGUCCGAAAUAUACAACAGUAUUUUGUUGGCAAGUUUUUCAUUCCAUUUGAGUAGGUCACUCAAAUUAAUUAUUGAAUAUCUGGUUAAUUUGAAUGCCAAGGUGUUGUCACACAUUCCGCCAUUGGUGAUCUUUAUUUUCAGUGAGACAAGACAAAAAAGAUAGCUCCGUCAUUUUUGUCCCAGAAGUUUGCAGUGUAUAGUAUGGCUCGCUAAUGUGGGAAUCUUUUAUUUCUCCAUAAGAAAUUUCAAAUACAAAAUUGUUAAUUUUUAACUAUACACAGGGUACGUUAUCUAGAAGAAGUAUCUAAAAACACCUCUUCCUUAAGUGGAACGCCCAGGAUUUUGGAUUUCUGAAUAAAAAAUUUAUGGUAGGUC